GCUGGGAGGAGGGGGAGCGCCUGCGCUCCCCGGGUCAAGGCGGGGGGUGUGAGGAGUGGGGUGGGGAUGCCUGGGGCUCGGGGAGGGGCGCAGCUCUGUCAGCCGCAGCAGAGCCGCUUGUGAGCUCGGCGCGAGUAGAGUAGAGCCGGAGCCCCCAGUUCUUUGCUAGACCACUUGCUAGCUUUCUCGAUCACUCCCUCCCUUCCUCCCUCCCUUCCUCCCGGCGGCUGCGGCGGCGCUGGGGAAGCAGCGAAGAGGAGUGGCCCUGCCCUGGAAGAAUGCGGCUCUGCCGAGGGGGCAGAACCCGACGCAGUCUCCCCACGGUUUGAGAAGCCCGAGCCCAGGCGACCCAAUCCUGCCGGUGGCGACCCCGCACCAGAGCAGCUGGAGGCCCUGAUCGAUCUGCCCACCGGGGCCUUAGGGCCCGGGCUUCGACAUGCGGGAGGAGCCCCGGCCGCGGCCUCCGCCCUCGGGCUUCGCGGGUCUCCUGUUCCUGGCGUUGUGCAGUCGGGCCCUCAGCAAUGAGAUUCUGGGCCUGAAGCUGCCCGGCGAGCCGCCGCUGACCGCCAACACUGUAUGCUUGACGCUGUCGGGCCUGAGCAAGCGGCAGCUGGGCCUCUGCCUGCGCAGCCCCGACGUGACGGCAUCCGCGCUUCAGGGCCUGCACAUCGCGGUCCACGAGUGUCAGCAUCAGCUGCGCGACCAGCGCUGGAACUGCUCGGCGCUCGAGGGCGGCGGCCGUCUGCCGCACCACAGCGCCAUCCUCAAGCGCGGUUUCCGUGAGAGUGCUUUUUCCUUCUCCAUGCUGGCGGCAGGGGUCAUGCACGCGGUCGCCACGGCCUGCAGCCUGGGCAGGCUAGUGAGCUGCAGCUGCGGCUGGAAGGGCAGCGGUGAGCAGGACCGGCUGAGGGCCAAGCUGCUGCAGCUGCAGGCUCUGUCCCGGGGCAAGAGUUUCCCCCACUCCCUGCCCAGCCCUGGCCCCGGCUCAGGCCCCAGCCCUGGCCCCCAGGACACAUGGGAAUGGGGUGGCUGUAACCAUGACAUGGACUUUGGAGAGAAGUUCUCUCGGGAUUUCUUGGAUUCCAGGGAAGCUCCCCGGGACAUCCAGGCGAGAAUGCGAAUCCACAACAACAGGGUGGGGCGACAGGUGGUAACUGAAAACCUGAAGCGGAAAUGCAAGUGCCACGGCACAUCGGGUAGCUGCCAGUUCAAGACGUGCUGGAGGGCGGCCCCAGACUUCCGGGCAGUGGGGGCAGCGUUGAGGGAGCGGCUGGGCCGGGCCAUCUUCAUCGACACCCACAACCGGAACUCUGGAGCCUUCCAACCCCGCCUGCGUCCCCGCCGCCUCUCGGGAGAGCUGGUUUACUUUGAGAAGUCCCCCGACUUCUGUGAGCGAGACCCUGCGGUGGGCUCCCCCGGCACCCGGGGCCGGGCCUGCAACAAGACCAGCCGUCUGCUGGACGGCUGCGGUAGCUUGUGCUGCGGCCGUGGGCACAACGUGCUCCGGCAGACGCGAGUGGAGCGCUGUCACUGCCGCUUCCACUGGUGCUGCUACGUGCUUUGUGACGAGUGUAAGGUCACCGAGUGGGUCAACGUGUGUAAGUGAGGGGCGGCUUCACCUGGCCCGCGGGGCCGGCGGGGCCGGUGGGGGGCGGGCGCGCCUCCUCGGCCCUUUGCUCUCAUUUCUGUCCAGUGGCGAUCUUGGCUCCUGGCAGCGGCUUUGGGGGCGUGGGGGGUCAGGCUGAGUCCGCGAUGUGCAGCCUUUUCCCCCGCCGUAGGGGGGCCUGGGAGGGAAAGCUGUCACCCCCUCUUCUGCUCUUGAAACACCUGAAAUGAACGAAGGUGACAUGCAUGGUAUUGCCUCCCUGUCCCCGGCCCUGGGGUCCCUUUAGCUCUGGUUCCUACACCUUCUGGCUGGGGUGUCCCUGUAGUUUGACUACUCCUCUCCUUUGAGGGAGAGCCCCAGGCAUUGUGUGGAGCCAUAAGAUCUGUAUCCAGGGAGACCACUCGUUCUUAUCUGCUGUUCCCUAACUCCUCUACAGCAGCCUGGGCUCCUUCUUGUGGGGGACUAGGAGACAGUGGUAGAGAGGUUUUUCUUGGGGAAAGGAAGGGGGCUCUCCCUAGAGUCUUCAGAGAGUUGUUUGUCUAGGCCCUUAGGGAAACUGUCCCCCCCCAUUCAGAUGUUAAAGGAAACCCUCCAAAGGAAGAGUUUUACCUAAGACUCUCUGAGCCUCUUGUUUGUUGUUAGCAGGAGGGAUGGGAAUGAAUAAUUUAUUGUACUGAGACUUGUUCUUGGUUUCUGUUUGUAACUAAAAUAAAUUAAACUACUGGACCA